AUGGCACCACUACGAUCUGUAAUGGACACAGAUCCGGUGCCAUCUUGCAGCUGCAAGUCGAGGCUGGACCAGCCGCCCGCCCUCACCACCCAACCCGCCCAGCCGCCCGCCCUCACCGCCCAACCCCCAACCCGCCCAGCCGCCCGCCCUCACCGCCCAGCCGCCCGCCCUCACCACCCAACCCGCCCAGCCGCCCGCCCUCACCGCCCAACCCGCCCAGCCGCCCGCCCUCACCACCCAACCCGCCCAGCCGCCCGCCCUCACCACCCAACCCGACCAGCCGCCCGUCCUCCCUCACCACCCAACCCGCCCAGCCGCCCGCCCUCACCACCCAACCCGCCCAGCCGCCCGUCCCUCACCGCCCAACCCGCCCAGCCGCCCGCCCUCACCACCCAACCCGACCAGCCGCCCGCCCUCACCACCCAACCCGACCAGCCGCCCGCCCUCACCACCCAACCCGACCAGCCGCCCGCCCUCACCGCCCAACCCGCCAAGCCGCCCGCCUUCACCACCCAAACCGCCCAGCCGCCCGCCCUCACCGCCCAGCCGCCCACCCUCACCACCCAACCCGCCCAGCCGCCCGCCCUCACCGCCCAACCCGCCCAGCCGCCCGCCCUCACCACCCAACCCGCCCAGCCGUCCGCCCUCACCACCCAACUCGACCAGCCGCCCGCCCUCACCACCCAACCCGCCCAGCCGCCCGCCCUCACCACCCACUCACCAAAGCUAGUGAGGAAUGUAAAAACCAAUGAUGCCUGCAGAAGGUUGCUGGUUGACCUCGAUAUACUCCAGAAGUCCCCAACAAAUGAUUGCUAG